GUUUCUCUAUCGUCAGAGUGUAAAGAGCUCCUCCUAAAACUGGAAUAUAACUUCCAUCAAAACCUUUUCAGUUUUGUAUUUGUAUUGAUUAUUAUUGUAUUGAUCCUUAAAUUCAUAUACAAAAAAUACGCCUUCAAUUUUGCUCACUUAACAGAAAGAGUUAACGGCAAUUUCUUUUAACAGCGCGCCGCGGUUUGCUGUUAUUAACAUUUUAACUAUAUGUUAGCCGGACUGUCAAGCGUAUCGCAGCACAAGCUUGGCUGAUUAUUAAAUAAUUGCAUUUCAGCUAGUUAAAAACUAGGAAUUUAUAGCGCCAAAAAUGUCCACUGAACGCAACGAUCCCAAAGAAUCGAGCUCCCCCUCGUCGCCCACCGCCCAAAUAGCUGUCGAGUUGAAGCCACCCGUGGACACAUAUAUAAAGUGUCCUUAUGACGCCGGGCAUCGCAUACUGCGCAGCCGUUUAUCCUGGCACUUGACCAGAUGCGCUCGCAACCAUCCCGGCAGCAAUAUGAUACGCUGCCCCUUCAAUACCACCCAUGUGGUGCACAGCUCCGACAUGAACUCGCAUAUUAAGAACUGUUCGAGCCGAAUUGACUUUGAGAGAUUUCAAAAUCCCGAUGUGCUGCCGCCCAAAGAGCCACUCGCCUCGCCCGUCCCCUUGGUGGAGUCCUCCGAGAACUGGGAUGAUGAGCCACCGGUGGCAACCUACGAUCCGAGAGCCUACUGUGAGCAGAAUCUCGUAAUACGCAGCAUAGUCGGUGCGCCGCCGGCCUCGCGGCGCGUUUUUCGCGAACUCGAGCGAAAGCGUUUUCAGGAAAUAAGCCAAGGCAAGAACAACUAAAAUGUGAUUUACACACAAAUACAUACAUACAUGCAAACAUAGACAUACAUACGCCAGCGCGUUUCAUUUCGCAACGGUUCGUUCCAGCCAGUGUUGUAAAUGCUCACAAUUAUUUAGUUUAAAAAAAUAUUGGGCAUGGUAUUUAAGCGUUAAUUACAAAAUGUAAGCCUGGAAUUUAAAUUUAUUUAUAAAACAUUCGCAUGAAAAUAUGUUGAAAA